GCCCUCAGCGUGAUCCAAAGGGUUCCGCUAAAUCCCCCGAAACACGCACGUCACACAUCACACCAUCCAAGGUAGCCUUGGAUCAGUUUAUCCGGAAACCCGUUCUCGUGCAUAAUCUGCCAUAGCUGCUCGCGGUCGACUGCCUUGAAAUCGAUGAAGAUGUGAUGUGUGGGCACGUUGUACUCUCGACAUUUCACGAGGAUUUGUCGGAAACAAAUUUGGUGCGUGGUGGCGCGCGCGCCAUUGAAGCCCACUUGGUAGGGCCCACGAACCUCCUUGCAUGGGGUGACAGCUGACGGCAGAGGACGUGCUCCGAAUCCUUUUUCCUCUCCCGGUGAAUGGUGGAGAUGGGAGCGGCCGGCAAUGGAUGGCUUCCAUGGUGCUGCCUGUCCUGUUCGGGUAGAAUUGGUUUUAAUUCCCUUUAAUCAUUUUCUAAGCAACCUGGGCUGGACAAUCAUCACAUAUACAUGGAGAAAUCCAGUCUGCAACCCGCUAAGAUCACCAUCUCCAUGCGAAUGGUAUUGUUUUGAUUCGCAAUUUGAGUGAACUGCUGUGGAUGUCGGUCCAUUUACGUAAAAGAGGUUUUGAGUGACUCACCGCACAUAACCUUCGGACGCCUAGAAAUGAGCAGAAACUUGCAACAGAGACCACAAAAGACCCGGGGGUCGUUAAAGUGGAUUACUUUGAUUUUUUUUUUUUUGCUUUGGAUGUACCUGAAACAUCGCACAAUGGGGUUUCUCCUUAUUUCAUUCUCAGCUACCACCUAUCUCCUAUUUUUAUUUUUGCUCUACUGAUUCCCACUUUUUCACUGAUUCUUCUUUAUCUGUCUUAUAAAUUAUCAUUACUAUAAUCUAAGCUUGUUUUUUAUCUCUAUUUAUUAACUAUUGUCUAAAUUUACAUCUACUAUAUCCAGCUUCUCAUUUUUAUUCUCAAUCAUCAUUCUCUUACUAUCGAUUCUUAAUUUUUAUGAAAUAUAUUCUCGUUAACUGUCUAUUGUUUUCAAUCUUCACCCUUUUUUCAAACAAGUGAGGUUUAAGCCCUUACUCAAUUCAUGGAAUGGUUAAAGGAUUAACACAAAUAUUACUAUUAUACUUUUGGUAAACUUUUAUAACAUGUUUAGGACCAAAAAUUGUAACAAAACACCGCGACAAAAGAAAUAGCAACAGAUAAACAUGACUCAACACUAGGAAAGAUUUUAGGAGAAAACAAUACAUAGUAAAAUAACAACUUGUUUCAGAAUUCAAGCUAAAAAUAAAACAGUUUUUGCUUUAAUGAAAGUUGAUAGGCACACUUUAAAUGGUUAGGGGCUUAUACUUACAUCAAACCCUACGCAAUGUACCACCCCCGGCCGAGUUAAAAUGCGUAACCGGAAAAGAAGGUGUGCAUGCCUGGCACGAACACUCAAAGCGUGUUCUAGCGUGUUGCUCGUACUGACUCAGAGCAAGGGUGAGAUGUAGGUGUAAGGGCGUGUGCGUGUUCGUCGGGAACCUGGUGCAUAAGAUCGGUCAAGGCCCGUUCUUACACUGAAAAUUGCGAAUUUCUAUUUAUUAGCCGCAAAAAAUAAAUAAUUGUAAUUAUUUGAAUUCAUUUAAGUACUUGGUUCGUCACAAUAAUUCAAUAAACGACAAGCUUUAAUUCAUUCUACUCUAUUCACUUGCAUGCAUGGUAACAAUAUGAUCGGUAAAGAUUAACUUAUGUCGCUUAAAAUAACAAAAAAAAAUAUCACAGUUUGUUAGUUUACUGUAUCUCUGAACAUCAUAAUCAAUGAAUAUUGUGAAAAUAUGAACAAAAUUCUGAAUUCCAUAAUCAUUCUGAUUUUGGGUGUACCCCAUUUGGCAUAAAGCCAUUUGGCAUAAUGCCGUUUGGCAUAACGCCGUUUGGCAUAAUGUCAUUUGGCAUAAUGGACGUUUCGCUUAAAGGUCAUUUGGCAUAAUGGCCAUUUGGCAUAAUGGUCAUUUGGCAUAAUGAUAUUAAAUUUUCAAAAUUAUUUUAAUUCCAUUGACUGGGAUCAAUCGGGACUACAGUUUGAAUGUGGACAGCAGUUUUUAGUACAUUUUAAAGCUUGAAAUUUAGAAAACGAUGCACUUUUUUGAAUGUUACAGAAUUUAUAACACCACCCCUGGAAACUUCAACUUUUUUUUUAAGCUCUUCUGGCAGCUUGCUUGCCCACUGCGAAUUUUGGCUCGAGCCUCGUGUCGACCUGGUUCGCGAUCAAGCCUAAAUCGAGUCGAGGCUCAAACAAAAUUCUCAGUGGGUGGUUACACGCAAACUAACUCCGGUGAACAUCGGACAUUUAUGAACAUCGAACGUACAACUCGCCAUAAACAUUACGCACACCAAUGCAUCGCUUGAUGGUGUUCGUAUAUUUUACGUGUCUAACGCGAUGACUUCCUCUUCUUUUUUAAAGCAGCGAAAGAUUCUUCUCGUUCUUCUUAGAACGAGGAAACGUCAAAUUGAUCCAACCAAGCAAGCCGAGUGUGGUUUGGCGAUUUGGUACCGCGUUGUUUAUUUUAAAGUGCCUAAAAGAAGGAAGUGGAAGUGCAGCAUAGCUGGCGUAGGUUCGACCACAGCGCUGAAAAUCUGGAUCGUAUAGGGUUAUUUUUUAACUCCCUCAGCACGACGACAAGUGAGGCGCAUUACAAUUCCGAGUAAGUCAAUUAAUUUAUCCACUUUUCCAUUCUCCUGAUUUAUCGAUUUCGCAAUGUUGAUUCUGUUUUUUUCCUCUGUUCUUCUAGCCUUAUAGCAGUGACCGGAAUGUGGAAAUGUUGGGCAGCACCGUUCACAACGCUGGACAGCAGCAAGUACCGAGUUUUGUCCAGAUCGAAACCCACGGCGGCAAGGACAUCGCCACGAACCUGGACGAUACCUUUCAGAUCGUGCUGAAGAAGAAGCUCAAAAAGGACUAGGACCGGCAAGUACGAGCUGGACGUCGUAAAAGCGGUCCUCACGUUCUGGCCCCGCCUUACGGGAAUCUGUCCACCGACAUGGAGCAUCGGGUGCGUGAAACGGCCCAGCAGGCAAAGAUGGCGGUCAUCGCGAAGGCAGGCAAGAACACCGCGCCGUGUCUGAAGUAGUAGGCGCUGGCCUGGAUUUCGGCCCAGUACGACACGUACGCUCCGGCAGCCAGUUUGGCGAGCCAUUCGUUUAGCUGUGCGCACCCGCCCGCUGGGCAAAGUGUUUGUGUCUUGUGAAGCGGAAAUUCUGGAUUACUACACGAGGAAUUUGGCGGUACACGUCGAGCAAUCCGAAGUAAGUUGAGGAAGAACAACCAUUAAAAGAAAACAAUCUCAAUCUUUUCUCCCGUUUAGAUCCAACACCCCUGAAGAGUGCGGAAAAAAUGUACCAGCGCUGAUCGAAACAUAAAUAAGUUCGAGAGGCAGUCAACAGCAGCAGGACGACCAGAAGGAAUAAAAAAAUAGCGAGACGGAAUCGCCGAUGACCCUGGAGUACAACUCCGAUUGCGAGCUGAACGAGGGUGACACGCUGCACAUGAAGGAUUCUGACGAGGACCAAGAAUCGAGGACCCAAAAAGUUGGAGGAACCUCCCAGUUCUGCCGUUUCACAAACAACAGCAGAGAAAAGGGUUACUCCACCGCGCAGCAGAAUUUCUCGACUAAUCGAUAGUGACUCUGAGGAUGAGAAUCCGGAACCCAGCGGAAAUAAGAGUCCAGCUGGCACCACAACUUCAAAAAGCUGUCCCGAAUCAUCGACAGCGAUUCCGAUGAGGCGGACAGAACCGUCACGACUCGGCGUAACCUAAUUGCUGAGUCGGGAAGCGACUCGACCCGCUGGCCAAACAAAACCAGGCGAUCGACGCCAUCAGGAACGGAAUCGACAAGACCAUGAGCCGGCUCAAGUCGUUGGUGGAUUGAGACUCGAGCUCGGGAGGGGAUCAGGAAUCGGUUGGUGAAAAGAAGCGCAAAAGAAGCUCAAAACGAAUAAGGAGCGGUCCCAGGCCAAGGAGAAGAAAAAGGACUCGAAGAAUCUACUUACCUCAACCUGGACUUUAGCGACGACAGUCGCUCAAAGGCUAGCAGCAGUGGCGGCAGCGGUUCCAAGAGUAGAUCUGGCGCCGCCCGAAGUGACUCCGAAACGACGAAUCAUGACCACAAAAAGAGUCGCAAGACUAAGAAGAGUUCCGAAGAUAAACCGCAACGAAUGUUCGACAAGGCCGCCGAGCAGAUGAAGCUGAUCCAGAGCGAGUCGCAGCGGAUGGCGCGCGAAGCUUCGGUUUCCGUGCCCUAUCACAAACCGAAGCAGCGCACGCUGGAGGAGUUUCUGAACCGGCGUACGGUUCAAAAUCCGCUCGAGUUCCCCGUAGACGGCCGCCAAAGCCUGACCGCUGCCAUUCGGAUGCCUCCGGAACAGCUGGAAGCGUUCGCCAAGUAUCUGGAGGAGCGCGAGAAGGAAACGAUCGAGUUCUUCAAGAACGAAAACGUCCAAAUGAAGCCUGCAGAGGAACCCGUUGAAACGACACAAGAAGUGCUAGUCUCGGAACCUAAAGUGACGACAUCCCUCCCCGCCAUAGACACGGAACCGAUCGAGUCGCUGGGCGUCACCGACACCGAACCGGACGUGCUGGUCAAUGACGCUGCGGCAACAUCUACACUCGAAUCGUGCCAGACUUGAUCCGUGAAAUGAUUUCGCAGCGGUGGUGAUUUGAGGAAUUGGAGCUGGAACGGAGGUUGAAAAGUCUAUAUUGGGAUAACUCGUCAUAUUUCCAACAAUCUGUUCUUAUUUUCAGCUCGAGAUAACCGUCAUGCCGAGCCUGUCCGGCGUAUCGUCGUGGCAACACUUCCCCACACCUUCGUGCCAAUUCGCCUUGCUUGCUGCAGGUCGGUUCUUCCCACCGAUGAAGGUCGAUCUGGUGCUGGUUGACCAAGCGGAAACUCGGAUGGAAACCGCCGAUCGACUGUUCCGUCAGAAAAAAUAUUGAUGAACUGGAAUCGAACGGCCGAACGGCACUGCCCAGCAGCGGCCAUGUACUGUGGCGCCGCCAGCGUUGAAUAGAGAAAACACCAAAAAGCUGCGCGUGACAACACGCACACAAUCAAACGAACUGUCAAAUUCAAUUCAAAGCAAGAUGAACAUCGGAUGGUCAAAGCGCUUUGAGCAUCGAAUGUGCAUGAUCGUUUAUGACCAUUCGAUGUUCAAAAUUUCGAUACCAAUGGUCAAAGAAUUCGCAUUGGUUGUUUUGCGUGUACAUGUGAGUCGCGACGCCUGCCUCAUUUUUUUUCUGCAGUAGCAGCAAGUGCUGCCAGAAGAGCUUGAAUAAAAAGUUGAAGUUUUCAGCGGUGGUGUUAUAAAUUCUGUAACAUUCUUAAUAUUUGACGAAUCUUUUCGCACUCUUCGACAAAGUUGUUCCCUGGAACACGAACUAUGAGCUCGUGAGGUUAAUGAAAAAUUCAAAAAUCAUUAAGGGACUCAAAAUUAAAAACCAAAACGCACGAUUAUACGGGUUUAAAUCCCAUUUAAAUUUCAAAGUCAAAGCGCCAGGUCCUGUCACAGCCAAUCAAGUUCAUAUUUGGAAUUAGUGCAUCCAGGGGAUGUUGCCCUGAAAUGUACGCAAAAUUCACUCAUUUUGUUACAUCCUACACUCAACCCCCGGUGGUUGGUCACUUUUUCGUUUGACACUUUUUCUGUGUAUUCAUAUUACAGGGUGAAUAUUGAUUGGAAAAAUUUAAACAAUGAUAGAUUUAGAAACUAGUUUUUAUCAGCAAGUGGUGCUACUUCCAUUCAAAUAUUAGCAUUAGCAUUAGCAUUAGCAUUUGGAGGACGCCCCACCACCGGAAGGCUCCACAACGCUUAUCCCACUGUUUGGUCUGGUUGUGUUAGACCCUCAUCCGGAACAAUAAUCCAACACGGGAGAUACCAUGUCUUCAUCUUUUGAUGAGUGUGUAAUACAGCCCAGGGCAUAAGGGGGUCCACGCCGGGUCCAAGCUAUCCUCAGGGAAAUGAAGGAAUGUUAGUAAACACCUAUCUAAAGUGCGCAGAGACCCCUACGUCACCUUAGUGGUAUAGAUGUUUGUAGGGAGGUUUUGGACUCAAUGUUAGUAUGAAAGGUAGUACCCUAGGAUAUACCUCAAGAGGUAUUACGGGUGAUAUGCAUGUUGGUUUAAUUGUUUGGGGUUUUGUGCAGUAUCUGCUUUAACAUUUGAAAAUUAGACUCAAACAGCCGGCUGAAGAGUAAAAUUGUUGAUUUAGCACUAGGGGUUGGACAAAGUAAAAAAUUUAACUAUUCGUCGAUAUAUUGACGUUGUUAUUGAUCUAUUGGUCAAUAUAUUGACGAAAAACGUUUCGACCUGCAUUUGGACACCUUGGUUUGACAGAUGACAGAUAAAAAUAACAACCGCAUUUUGACAACAGAAUUUUUCUGCCGUUUUCGAGAAAUCUGUGGCAACAUUCUAAAUUUAUUGGAAAUAAGACCUCCUUAUUCCAAAAUUGAGUCAAAUCCGGCCAUCGGAAGAGAGAGCUCGUACCGCAUCUGCUCUUAAGACCGAGUUAAACGGAGUUAAAACGGGAGAAAGUUUCAGAGCAGCAAGCAAAAGGAGCACCUCCGGUACAGCUUGCAAAGGAGGAGGCAGGAUUUUAACGGGUUCCUCGGUUGGAUCUCCGGUCCGGUGUCCUUAACCAUAACAACUCAAGCUGAACUUUCUCCUCUUCCGCGUCUGUGCGAACUUGGCGUGCCGGAACACGCGCAGCUGACGGCCAGAAUGCACUGGCUUAGCGGAUCGCGGCUCGUUUCCUUUUCGCACGGACUGCAGAACGGUCCGCACAGGGUCACGCAAGAGAACGUCCACAGCAGGAGGAAGGUCCAUAGCAGGAGCAGGAUGUUAUGUCUCCCGGCCAGUGCACAGGAUUGGCAAGGUUUCGCCUUGAAGGUGGAAAGAAGCGACAUGACUUGUACCGGCCCAUGUUUCCGUUCAUGCCAAGUUCCGUUCAAAGUAAAAAUCCAAAUUAUCCUCAAAGUCACCGCAAUCAUUUUAUUUAAUUUUUACUUCCAAAAAGAACACUAUAUUUCUGGAUUUCAUGCUGACUCUUAGGGCCCUUACAGAGUGGACGCUGCAAGCGACGCUACAAGCGACGCGACUAAUUUGACAGGCGAAGCGACUACGCGCGACUCAUUUGCGGCCAGCAGAAAUCGCUCGCCUAUUCAGAGUAGAAGCGAUUUUUCGCUGCGCUACAAGCGACGAACAAGCAACUGUCAAAUUGGUCGCGCGACCGACCUGUGCAAACCGAGGUCAGUCGCCUGCAAAUCAAGCGAUUUAAAUUGAUUCUGAUGUUUUGUUCAGCUUUCGCUAUUAAAAUUUCAAAUAAAAUGGGCAGUAGAAUUGUUUGAUGCAAUCUCGGAUGCAAUAAAUAAAGUACAUUUAAUUAAAAAAUUGCAAAAUGGUUCGAAAUGAAUUUUAAAUUGUAAAUAAAAAAUAAAAAAAAAUAUUUCAAUAUACAACCUGAAAUCAAAAUUUGUAUGAUUUAGGUCAACAAAUUUGCAAAAUAUGAUAUCAGAAAUGGUCCUUCAAAUAAUAUGGUGGCCACUGGCCACUCUGGAAUCGGUUCUGAAUGUCCUCCGGGGAACCACCGAAGUGGCCAAUAUCUGAUCAGAGCAAAACCAGUCAAUAUUGGUAUCGAAAUUUUUCAUUUUGGAA